ACACAGGAACAGGGUACGUCAUCGUCGUACGUCAUCGUACUUCAUCUGUACCAUGGCGACAGGGACGCUGCGAGAUUUCAUGUGCAGAUUGUUAAUCGUAUUUUUGUUAAAACUGAACAGUUUCUCUUGCCAGCAAUUCUCUAUAACUUUCCAGCAGCCUUCAGAUUGUAACGUGGGGAGUUAUUUUGAUAUCUCGAGCUUGUCUUGUGUAAAAUGCGGACCGAAUCAAAUAAGCAGCAAAUCAGGAUUGACAUGUGAGUGUAAGACUGGAUUUCAGGGUGUUAGCAGUAAUGGGGCGUCCAUCACGUGUCAACAGUGUCCUGAUGCUAAUCAGGGGGUCACCCAAGAUGGGUAUGGGUGCAUCCAUUGUCCAGGAAGUGUGAGUGAGAAUGGAAAGUGUCAGUGUCCUAAGGGAAGUGUGCUGGUGGAGAGAGAUGGAAAUGGGAAUCUAUUAAAUGUAGCCCGAUGUGAAGCAUGCACUGCAACAGAUCCGGCUUUCUCUGCGCCAGAUACAACCGGCAACAGAUGUGUGAGGUGUGAUGAUUCCUUUAUCAACACGUCUCAGUCUUGUGUUUGCGGGAGCUCAAACAUACUGGCAGGAGGGAUGUGCUUCCCUCCUAACAGUCUUCCUGCCUCGGUAGCCUCCAAUGUCAUCUAUUCGCAGUUGGGUCUGGUUGUCCCAUCUGCUUGGUUUUCGAGCUCCAUGUAUUCCUCAGCAGCCGCCUGUUUGCUGUUCUCAAACCGUACAGCAUGUCAAGCUUUGGGGAACAUGUGUGUGAUGAACAUGCACUCCUCCAGCUCCAUCACCAAUGAUGCCUGUGGCCUCUACAAUACAAUCUAUAGAGCAACAGCUGCUCAGGGCAGCAGCCAGGACAUCUCCUACUGGAGGUCCAACCUGCCUUGGUUGUAUUAUGGGGAACAGCCUGGGUUAGCGUCACGGAUUUUGCAGACAGAGCCUCUCCCUGUUGGUUUCAGCUUUAAAGGUGCACAAAAGAACACUAACAUCAAGCUGCUGGCUGCUGUGUAUUCAAUGCGUGGGGACUUUCUGAGGUGGGAAAGCAUCGGUGGAGGAAACCUACAGCUCUGCCCAGACACACCUCUUAGACAACAGUCUGCCUUCACGUUUGGGACGGCCUACAGGCAGAGUUGUGUGCUGUCUGUGUCAGAGCUUCUGACUGGUUAUCCAGAGCCUGUGUUUUACGACGUCUUCCUGGUCAUUCAAAAUGACCUUCUUGCUGUGCCUCUCCUAAAUGUCAACCAGCAGUUUAAUGGCCAGUUCAUUAACCAAGGAUCUAACAUAAAUAACUGGUAUCUGACCCGGAGGCUGAUGCUUGUCGACACAUUGAGUGGCAGAGAAAAGUCUUUGGGUUCAACACCGAGAGUCAUACGUGUGGCCUCUAACAUAAAGAUUGGGUUUCAGCUGGUGCCAAAUACACAGAAAGGACAGGUGUACCCCCCUUUAAUGACCGUGGAUUACUCGGAUAUACCCAUCACUGACCCCAGCACACAGACUGUUAUGGUGUCAUUCUCUCUGGAGUAUACUAUGGAUCAGAAUGAUGCUCGGAUCAAAACCGAUAUUGCACUUGGUGUGCUGGGUGGGGUGGCUGUUGUCCACUCCAUAUUGAAGACAGCAAGCUGGAAAAGAAGAAUCGCAUCUCCUCUUGUUGACUUGCAGACAGUUAUGAAGUUCCUGUUGUUUUAUGCUGGUGAUCUGGCAAAUGUUUUCUUCAUCAUCACUGUGGGAACAGGACUCUAUUGGCUAAUUUUUUUUAAGGCUCAGCAAUUUGUGUCCGUGUUGCUACCAUUAUCAGCUCAGGAGGAUCGCUUUGUUGUUUAUGUUGGCUGUGCCUUUGGAUUGAAGACAGUGCAAUUUCUUCACAAGCUCUUUGUGCAGCUGUCCGUAGAUAUUUUCUUUAUAGACUGGGAAAGGCCUCGCGGUAAAGCCAGUAAACAUGUGGAAGGGGGUGGUGAAGGAAAGAGUCAAGCAUCUCCGGUUAGCAUCUGGAGAACAUACUUUGUGGCCAAUGAAUGGAAUGAGAUUCAGACCGUUCGCAAGAUCAAUCCAACUUUUCAGGUCAUGGCUGUGCUCUUCUUUCUGGAGAUUGUGGGCUUUUCAAGUUUGGCUCUAAGGGAUUCCUCGUCUGAUCUGUGGCGAUCUACUGAGGCGUACACACCUCCUUACAGCCUCAUACUUCGAUAUGGUGUGGCUUCUGCUUUGUGGCUCUGCAUUGGCUUAAUACAGAUAAUAUUCUUCACAGUGAUCCAUGAGCGCUUUGUUGAAGACAAGAUUCGCCAGUUUGUGGAUCUGUGCUCAAUCAGCAACAUCUCAGUGCUGCUGUUGUCUCAUCGAUGUUUUGGGUACUACAUCCAUGGACGUUCUGUUCAUGGUCAUGCUGACACUAACAUGGAUGAGAUGAAUACAAACCUGAAGAGAGAGGCGGAAAAUCUGUGUGGCCAGAGAGGACUGUUGCCAAACUCAGACACUCAGACAUUUCAGAUAUCAAUUACCAACCGGCUUCGAACACAAUAUGACCGGAUACUUGAGCCACUUAGCAGGAGAAACGGGCCCUCGAGAUUGAUGGAUGCUACGGCCAAUUCAUGUGAGCAGAGCACAAGAGCAUACCAUACCAUGAACAGAUUCCUUGGCUCAGUCAUUGAUCAUGCACAUCGUGAGAUGGAUUACAUUGUGAAAGAUAAGCUGCUAUUUGAAAGACUCAUCGGUAUGGAGUUUAUUGAGCCAUUGGAUAAAAGCAUCUUUUACAAUGAUGAUUCUCACUCAUUCGCUGACGUCCUUUUUUAUGGUAAUGAGGCUUUGCUGUUGAUCUUUGACACCCUGUUUUUUUGUGUGGUGGAUCUGUGCAGUCAAAGCUUUAUUCUAGCAGCAGUAUUGACAUACCUCCAGCAACUGAUCUUCAGGCUAAUCCGAAAUGGACUAGGACGCAGGAACCUGGCCACCAAAACUCUGGUUGACAAAAGAUUUCUUAUCUAGUUUGUUUAUCCAUUCUGUUUACUUUGAUGUCUAGAUGUUGUUUCUACUUUUAUGCUUUUGCAGUCUUUAACACAAGGUUUGUUCUAGACUUUUGUGUUGCUUUUAAUUGUAAAUAUUGAUUUGUUUUGUACUCAAAUGUUUUGAUUAAUUAAAAUAGUACUUGUUUUUAUAUAAA